AUCUGGGCUUCAAUCAGUACGGCAUAACAUCACCCAAGGAAUCUCCAGCUUCUCCUCCCCACCUUCCAUUCUGUAACUUACCACAACCCCUUCGUCCAUCAUCCCCUCAUCACCACCGCCACCUCAACCGCAAUCAUGACCGUAACCGCGCAUUUAUACCACCCCGACUUUCUCCCCGCCUGCCAAACCGGCGAUCUCGAAACCGUCACCAAGAUCCUCAACCACGAGACUCCACAAGUAUCAACAGCCCAACUACAAGACGGCCUUUCGAACGCGGUAUGGGGAGAGCAUCUCGCCGUAGCAGACCUCUUGCUCUCCAAAGGCGCCAGGGUCAAUCGGAUGGCCUUUUUGAGAGCUAUCGACCGCGGCGACCCAGCCAUGUUCGAGGUAUUGAUCAAGAAUGGGUGGGAUGUUAAUACGACUGAGUUUGAGGAGGGCACGGCACUUAGACUAUCCGUCGAAAACCCCCCCCUCAUGUCCUUCCUCCUCUCCCACUCCGCCGACCCCAACCUCCUCUCCAUCCCCGGUAGACUACGCCGCGCUCCCUCGGCCCUCAUUACCGCCGCCGUCGUCAAAGACGGCGCCGACGCCAUUCGCACCCUUUUGGAUCACGGCGCGGUGUUAGAGCCCAACAUCAUCCACUGCGCCAUCGAGGCUAGUUGCAGGUGGAGGAAUAUCGAUAAGGAACACGGCUGCGCGGAGAGGGUCAGACUGCUGAUCGAUGCUGCGAAAGAGACUGCGAAAGGGAGAGAGGAGGGGGUUAAGUGGUAUCUGAAUUAUCUUGAUCUCAAGAAAAAGGGCACACCGCUGCAUUGUGCGGUUUGGUGGCAGAGGUUGGAAACGGUGCAGGUGUUGGUUGGGGAGGGGGCGGAUGUGGGGGUGUUGUGUAGGGGCAUGACGGUGGCGCAGGCGGCGAGGAGGAGGGCGGAGAUGGUUGGAGGUCACGAGAGUGCAACGAGGAUUUGGGAGUGGUUGACGGGGAGGAGGUGGGAAGAUGGGGAGGGGAUAGAGGAGAUGGAUGAAGAGGGGAGCACCUUUAAGGACGAGGUGGAGGUUGAACUGGAGACUGGAGAGACUGUGUACCGCAGCGGGAAUAUAGGGAGGCCACCUAGGCUAGACGAAGAGUCUCUAGCGUUGACUAUAAAACUAACACUGUCUGGUCAUCUCGCCUAGAUGCCCGCCCGGUUUCCCGCUACGGUGGCCGGAAGGUUGUGGUGGGUGAGCGAAUCGAUAGCAUGGGUUAGAAAUGUAAGAGGAGGAGGACGGGAUUGAUGUGCUAGAUAACGGGAGCAAAAGUGAGAAAGGAAAGGAAGUUGAGAAGAUUUGACGAUGCAAGAGGAGUGAAUAGAAGAGAAAAGGUGGUUGAUUGUCGAUGAAGCUGGAGCGUUGGCCGUUGGGAGACGGGA